UCAUGGCGGCCUGAGGCGCGGCGGGCACGGCGCCGGGAGCCGCGGGGCGGGAGGCCAGGCGGAGAGCAGGGUACGGAGGGAGCCAGCCAGCCUUUUGUAACCUCAUACGGCAGCGUGCUUGUGAUUACCGUUGAAGGAGGACAAUAGCGUAUGAACUGUGAGAUGUGGAUCUCAUUCACGGCUGGGUCAGUUCGUGGGGUCCUCUGUGUCUGUUUCUUACCUGUGAGGGGAGAGAGUGGUACCGAGGUACUCAGGUGCAUUUGGAAGGCCCAUUGAGUGUUACUGUGUUGCAGAGAUUUCUCGGUUGAAAUGAGGUAUUAUUCAGUCUUACCUGCACGUGUGCCCCCGGUGAAAAGAGUCCCAAAGAGAAAUCUUUGUGUGGAGAGCACAAAAGAUUACCAGCUCUUGUGCACCUGCAGGUGUAAUGGAAAGGAGUAAAGUGUAUUUUUUAGAAGCUGACUCAUAAAGGAAGCUGGCUGCUUUGCUUUCACAAGUCUUCAUUUGGUUGAGCAUGGUAAACCAGCAAACACCUGUGUGACUGUUCUACCCCCACGAGGGAAGAUGCAGCCCCAGUGGUCACACAGAAUGAGUAAGGUUGUCUGGUGUUUGUUGUGCCAUGCUUGAUAAUUAUCCUAUAUAAACAUAACAAAAAUCCCUCCCUUAUCUGCUAAGUUAUUUGUUUAGUGCCUAAAUAACAUACUUUGGAAGUUUUUUUGUUUUCUGUUUGUAAACAAACAACUUACUGUGUUGAACUUGUUAGUAAAUAGUGGUUUACAUUUCAAAAGCAAUGUCUUGGUGCAGGGCGACCACAUGCACAGCAGAAAUGUCAGGCCAUAGCUGAAGACAAAGAUCUCUCUUUAGGAAGACUUAAAUAGAGCCUUUGUGGAAAGGAUAUUUUUAUCACUUAAGCUUUCCAGUUAACCCAAACCCCUUUAACUGUCCAGUGUGGACUGGUAAGCUACUUACAGCACACAGUGCUUUCUGCCUUUUGGACUCAGAAAGCAAUAGGAAUUACAUAUAGCUGUAUAGUGGAUGUCAAAGGAAGGGGUGCCACCUGAGGACCUCCAAGUGUGCCAAUUCUUGACAAAGAAUUAACUUAGUUGCUUAUUUUGAAGCUGUGUAGUGGGGAAGGUGAAAGUCUUAGCUGGCCUCUAAUAGAGGUAGCAGUAAACAUCUUUGCAGCUGGCAUGAUUUGGAAGCAUGAGUAGAAGGAAGAGUCUGAAAACAGCAUGGAAUCUGAACUCUUUUCCUACUGGCAGGAGCAGGUCCUCUUAGGGAACUGAUUGGACAUACUGCAGAGAUUUUACUCAGAUAUUGUGUGAAUCAUUUUUGCUCCCCAGAUAAAUCAUCAGUCAAACCUGAUGGCAUCCUGGCCUGCCCUCUGAAUGCUGGAGGAAAGCCUGUCUCAGCUCACACAGAAGCAUUGCUCUGCUGAGCGUGCCUUCUGACCUGCUGCCAGCCAGAAUUCAGCAGAGGACAAAGGAUGUAUUAAUAUUGUGUUCUUUCGUUGACAGAUUGAAAACCUAGAAUGGCAGGAGAACAGAAACCAUCCUGCAAUCUUCUAGAGCAGUUUAUUUUACUAGCCAAAGGUACAAGUGGCUCAGCUCUGACUGCUCUUAUAAAUCAAGUGCUGGAGGCUCCUGGGGUUUACGUCUUCGGGGAGCUAUUGGAGUUAACAAAUGUUCAAGAGCUCGCUGAAGGCUCUAAUGCUGCUUAUUUCCAGUUGCUGAACCUGUUUGCGUACGGAACGUACCCAGACUACGUAGCAAACAAAGAUAACCUGCCUGAAUUAACAGCGACUCAGAAAAACAAGCUGAAACACUUGACAAUUGUAAGCCUGGCUUCCAGAAUGAAGUGCAUUCCCUACUCUGUGUUGCUGAAGGACCUGGAUAUGAGGAAUCUGAGGGAGUUGGAAGAUCUGAUUAUCGAAGCGGUUUAUACAGAUAUUAUCCAGGGGAAGCUGGAUCAACGAAACCAGGUGCUAGAGGUGGAUUUUUGUAUUGGCAGAGACAUUCAGAAGAAGGACAUCAGUAACAUUGUCAAAACACUUCAGGAAUGGUGCGAUGGUUGUGAAGCAGUUCUGUUAGGAAUUGAGCAGCAAGUACUUAGAGCCAACCAGUACAAAGAGAACCAUCACCGAACUCAGCAGCAGGUAGAAAUGGAGGUCACAAACAUAAAGAAAACAUUAAAAGCUACAGCCUCGUCAUCGGCACAGGAGAUGGAACAGCAGCUGGUAGAGCGAGAGUGCCCUCCACACACAGAACAAAGGCAGCCCACAAAGAAGAUGUCCAAAGUCAAAGGGCUGGUUUCCAGCCGCCACUAGAACAUAUCAUCUAAAUGUCAUUCAGCAAGGAAUGACAUCAGGAGGAGCAAAAAAGGACCUGUGCCUCCUUUUUCGGUGGGUUCUGGGCCAGUCCCUUCCAGGCUGGCAAAUAAAAGCCCUGUUUGAAUAAUACAGCUCCCAGUUAGCAGCAACUGGCUAAGUUACACUGUGCAGCCUCUGUUAAUUUCCAGAAUGUCCCUGUCCUGUAUAGAAGGACUUCUAAAGAAUGGGACUGACUAAAAGGGGCCAGGGGAAAAAAAAAUGAAGUCUCUGUGGACAGCUUAUCUCCCUCCCAGCCAGUCUCAUUGCUGCUUAACCUUGAAGAAGCUGCUGUACUAAAUCAGAUCUUGAGAGAACUUCUGUAGCAAGUAUCUGAAUCCCAGGGUUGAAAUGUGGCUACCAAAGCCAGGCUGGGAGCGAGGAAGCCAUCAACACAGAUCUUUGCAUUCCCAAAGGGAGCACAGAAAGGUUUCUAGGCCAGGAGCUGCUUUGCAGGAAACCUUCAGCCUUUUUGCUACCCCUAUUUUAAACUGGGGUGAAAUUCACACUACCUCGCUUUGUGAAGAUGAGAUCCAGUGCUGGGCUGUUUACUUAACUGUCUGUUUACUGCCCUUCCUAAGCCCUUUAAUCUCUCACAGAUUUAAAGCACUGUUCUGCAUCUCUGAGGCAUCAAUACAAUAAGGAGGAAGCAGGCUGCUCUUUCAAGCCUUUCUUCUUGCAGGUGGUUAGGGCCAUACUAGAAACUGUGUUCCUUCUGCACAUGAUGUGACCUCCCAGAGCUGCUUGUGAGUUGUUUCCCCUGUUGAUACCUUCAAAGGGUAAUGGAUUUGCUCUUCCUUGGAUGUUAAUGACGGUGGUCUGCAUGGGAGAAGAGCCAUCGAGGCAGGCUGGUGGCCCAGGACCCACUGGCAGGGGUCGCAGCAGCAUCCCCUUGCUGAAGCAAUGGACUUGACUAAUCUGUCUGAAUUUUGAACGUUUUCAGGUUGUAUUUUCCUCCUUGUUUAUUUUUUUGUACAUUGUUGUGAUUCUAAAGCAUUUCAGCCUUUGGUUUAUGGUUUUUUAUUUGUUACAGGCUAACUUCAGGUGAUUUGCACCUAGUUGGGCACGGUGUGGGUCGUGGAUGUUUUUUAGGGGGGAGGGUGGGG